UCUUUUCACACAUACACACACACACACACUCUCUCUCUCUCUUUCACACACAUACACACACUUUCUCUUUCACACACACACACACUCUCUCUCUCUAUCUCUCUCUCACACACACACACACACACACACUGUCUCGGCUGUUCACAUUCCCAGAUUGUACCAAGAAAAUAAUCGUGCAUUGAUUCAUCACAACAAGCAGCGGGCAGCAUGGCCUCUGGUGUCACAGUCAAUGAUGAAGUCAUCAAAGUCUUCAAUGACAUGAAAGUACGGAAGUCCUCGUCCUCAGACGAGGUAAAAAAGCGCAAGAAGGCCGUGCUGUUCUGUCUCAGUGAAGACAAGAAGAAGAUUGUUGUAGAGGAAAGCAAGCAGAUCUUAGUUGGAGACAUUGGAGACACUGUCGAUGACCCCUACGCCUGCUUUGUAAAACUCCUACCUCUCAACGACUGCAGAUACGGCUUAUAUGAUGCUACUUAUGAGACAAAUGAAUCUAAGAAAGAAGACUUGGUAUUUAUAUUUUGGGCCCCUGAAGGUGCACCGUUAAAAAGCAAGAUGAUCUACGCUAGCUCUAAAGAUGCCAUUAAGAAGAAGUUUACAGGUAUCAAACACGAAUGGCAGGUUAAUGGUUUAGACGACAUUCAGGACCGCUCAACCCUGGCUGAAAAGUUGGGAGGAAGUGUGGUCGUAUCGCUGGAGGGGAGACCAUUGUAAACUAAACAGCCAUGUGCCAUCUGGAUUCCACACGCUUUCAUCAUCGCAGCUGUCUCUAUCAUUUGAUGCUGAAGGAAUAGUCCUAUUUUUUAUUUCAGUUUUUUUUUCACUUUCUUUUGUUAUUUUGAUUUAUUUGACCCCCAACACACACACACACACACACACACACACACACACACACACACACACACACACACACACACACACACACACACACACACACACACACACA